AUGGCAUUAGCCAGCGGUCAUUGGCUGGAGAAAGAGAUGAGGGGAGAGGCCCCGGGUCCCAGACAGGGCCACGCAGUAGCUGUGGCAGGAAACGUGGCCUUUCUGUUCGGAGGGGCCUCAAGCAUCAAGCAAGGGGACGUCCCUGUUUACUACAGCGACUUCUACAUGCUCACAGUUUCUCCUGAUGAUGUGGUGUGGGAAGAGAUUCCUCAGAGCGGAGAAGUUCCCUCAGCCAGAGAAGGACACACUCUCUGUGUUGUGAAAGGGAAGCUGUAUCUGUUUGGAGGAGCGUCCAGCCCCGACGCAGCAGAGUGUGUCCCUGGAGUUUACAGCUUUGAUAUAGUGUCUCUGACCUGGGAUCACUUAGCGGUUGGAGGGGUGGCCCUCAGAACCCUCAGACACAGCUCUGUGUCUGUGGGGGACAACAUCUAUGUGUACGGCGGCACUCUGGGAGGGAAUCCAACUGAUGACCUCAUGGUCUUCAAUACAGCUUCUCUCACCUGGACGCCGGUAAAGACGAGUGGAUCGCUGCCCCCCGCCCUGUGUGGUCAGAGUUUUGCUCUGGUCGGAGAUCAGGUGUUCAUGUUUGGAGGUUGUGAAGCAAAUGGAGACUUCUGUAAAGACGUCUAUGUUCUCAGAACAGAAAACUUGGUGUGGCAGAGAUGGGAGGUGAAGGGAGAGACACCUGCAGCCUGCUGUGGACAAACCCUGACUGCACACCAUGACAAAGACAUUUACCUGUUUGGUGGCAAAAGCGCAAAUGAGGACGGCACAGAGACGUCUUCGAAUGAAAUCCAUAAACUCAGUAUUUCAAAGAUGAAGUGGAAGGUUCCUCUGUACGUUGGGAUUCCUCCGGCCCGACGACACGGACACACUGCCUUCAUUCUCCACAGUCAUUUGUAUGUGUUUGGAGGUAAAAAUGAAGAGCAGGAGUUUAAUGACUUGAAGGUGAUGAAACUCAUAAACCCCUCCGAGAGACAACCAGUGAUGAAGGAGAUUCUGUCAGAGUUUGGUCUGCAGGGAGUCAGCCACAGCUUCACUCCAACAAAGAUCCCUAACGUCCGCUACGAGCUGAGCGAGUCCGCUCCGGUUAUUCAGUCCUGGAGCACAACAGCUAAUCCACAGGUGCUGGUCCGCAGAGACUUCAGUGCAGUUCGAGAUCAGGCCAUGCAGAUGGUACAGAAAGCCUUCACUCUGCUGGACCAGCAGUUCCAGAAACUGGAUCGAGAGAAGUCGGAGUUUUCUCAAGCUGCUGCUGCUUUGCAAAGAGAGAAAGAAGCUCAUGAUACCUGCAGACAACAACAGCUACAGGAGGUUCAGGAGAUGCUGGACAGACAUCACUCUCAAAAUGAGGCAUGGCUCAGGGCGAGAGCCGAAGAGAACGACCGAGAGAGGAGAGAGCUCUGCAGACUCAGAGAGGAGGUGUUGCAGGAGCAGGAGAGGAUGAAAGAGGAGCAGAACAGCAUCCAGAAACGCAGUGAACACCUUCUGUCCAUCAUGCAGCAGUUCAAGGGAAUGUGAGAUAGACAGACUAUUUCCUGUUUUAUAUUUAUUAUAUGGAAAGCACUUUGUGAUCUAUGUUGGGCGAGUUGUUCAAGUGGCACCAAAUGAAUUAAAUAACAAAUGAAUUGUUCGAUAAUAAGAACAAUGCAAAACAGAUGGAGAUUGUGUUUGCAUUACACCAUAAAAACAGUAUUGAUGACUGUAAUUAUUAUGUACUAGUAUGUGUUUUUUUCUAACUCACCCAGAAGCUAAAGAAAAGACAGAAGCAUUUUUGUGGUGGGAGUGCAGGGUCACUUACUUAAAGAAAAAGUAAAAUGACAACAACCACCUUUACUUCAUGAUGUCAUCUGUCAAUCAAAAUUAAAAUAAUGCAUGUAUCAAAAAGGCCAUGCAAAUAUGACAGGAAAGAUGGUGGCGUGCCUUAAUAUGAUUGAACCAAUCUAGACCUAAAAUACUAUAAUUAAUUCUAUCAAGAUACUGUAUUUAGCUACACAAGACCAGUUAAGCUGACCUACUGAAUCAUGUAAUCUCUUUCACCCCUACCUGCUGAAC